ACAGCUCGACAGAUACACCCGUCCUCGCAAGGUCAUCCCAGUCCUGGAGACUGACCUGGGGACGCGCCCCUGACGCCCUAGACCCUGUAAGAGUGUCCCUGCAGGGCAGGCCAGCGCUACCUACCUCAACCGCAAUUCCCGGACGCGGCGCUCCACCCCCGGCUCCAAGGAGGACGCGCAGCUCGGUUACCACGGAAACGACGCUGCCUCCGUCACGGUGCGUGCUGGAGGUCAAAGGUCACCCCCAGUCAGUUCCGCUUCCGGUUCCGGGCUCCAGUUUGUUGUCAGAAAGAUUUGGAGAGUCGUUGAGCUUUUGGGGCUGGUUUCUGGGGUCCAGGGGUCGCCCGAGGUCUGCUGCUGCAGCCAUGGCGGCCUCCACCGCGGCUGGGAAGCAGAGGAUUCCCAAAGUGGCCAAGGUGAAAAACAAAGCCCCGGCUGAGGUACAGAUAACUGCAGAACAACUCUUAAGAGAAGCUAAAGAAAGAGAACUUGAGCUUCUCCCACCUCCACCUCAACAGAAGAUCACAGAUGAAGAAGAGUUAAAUGAUUAUAAACUAAGGAAAAGGAAGACUUUUGAAGAUAACAUAAGAAAAAACAGGACUGUAAUUAGUAACUGGAUAAAAUACGCACAAUGGGAAGAGAGUCUAAAGGAGAUUCAAAGGGCUCGAUCCAUAUACGAACGUGCCUUAGAUGUGGACUAUCGAAAUAUUACACUCUGGCUGAAAUAUGCAGAAAUGGAAAUGAAGAAUCGCCAGGUCAACCAUGCCCGAAACAUCUGGGACAGGGCCAUAACAACCCUGCCUCGAGUCAACCAGUUCUGGUACAAGUACACAUACAUGGAGGAGAUGUUGGGAAACAUUGCUGGCGCCCGGCAGGUCUUUGAGCGCUGGAUGGAGUGGCAGCCUGAGGAGCAGGCCUGGCACUCCUACAUCAACUUUGAGCUGCGAUACAAAGAGGUGGAUCGGGCCCGCACCAUUUAUGAACGAUUUGUUCUCGUGCACCCCGAUGUGAAGAACUGGAUCAAGUAUGCCCGCUUUGAAGAAAAGCAUGGUUAUUUUGCCCAUGCACGAAAAGUGUAUGAGAGAGCUGUCGAAUUCUUUGGAGACGAACAUAUGGAUGAACACCUUUAUGUUGCCUUUGCCAAAUUUGAAGAAAAUCAGAAAGAAUUUGAAAGGGUACGAGUGAUCUACAAGUAUGCCCUGGACAGAAUUUCAAAACAAGAAGCCCAAGAACUCUUUAAAAAUUAUACCAUCUUUGAGAAGAAGUUUGGUGAUAGGCGGGGCAUUGAAGACAUCAUCGUGAGCAAACGGAGAUUCCAGUAUGAAGAGGAAGUGAAGGCUAAUCCACACAAUUAUGAUGCAUGGUUUGAUUACCUGCGCUUGGUGGAAAGUGAUGCAGAAGCAGAAACUGUGCGAGAAGUCUAUGAAAGAGCCAUUGCCAACGUCCCACCCAUUCAGGAGAAGCGGCACUGGAAGCGCUACAUCUAUCUUUGGGUCAACUAUGCACUCUAUGAAGAACUGGAGGCAAAGGAUCCUGAGAGGACAAGACAGGUGUAUCAAGCCUCUUUGGAACUAAUUCCUCAUAAAAAGUUCACAUUUGCCAAAAUGUGGUUACUAUAUGCACAAUUUGAAAUAAGACAGAAAAAUUUACCAUUUGCCAGAAGAGCUUUGGGAACUUCCAUAGGGAAAUGUCCAAAGAACAAGUUAUUUAAAGGUUACAUAGAAUUGGAGCUACAGCUUCGAGAAUUUGACAGAUGCCGGAAGCUUUAUGAAAAGUUCCUGGAAUUUGGACCUGAAAAUUGUACCUCUUGGAUUAAAUUUGCAGAAUUAGAGACAAUCCUUGGUGAUAUUGACAGAGCCCGCGCAAUCUAUGAGUUAGCCAUCAGUCAGCCACGCUUAGACAUGCCGGAGGUGCUUUGGAAAUCAUAUAUUGAUUUUGAAAUUGAGCAGGAAGAAACUGAAAGAACACGAAAUCUUUACCGACGAUUGCUUCAACGGACACAACAUGUCAAGGUAUGGAUCAGUUUUGCUCAGUUUGAGUUGUCUUCAGGGAAAGAAGGAAGUUUGGCGAAAUGCAGACAAAUUUAUGAAGAGGCUAACAAAACCAUGCGAAACUGUGAAGAAAAGGAAGAGAGACUUAUGCUGCUAGAAUCUUGGAGAAGCUUUGAAGAUGAAUUUGGAACAGUAUCAGAUAAGGAGAGAGUGGACAAACUCAUGCCAGAGAAAGUCAAGAAGAGAAGAAAGGUCCAGGCUGAUGAUGGGUCUGAUGCAGGCUGGGAAGAAUACUAUGAUUACAUCUUUCCGGAAGAUGCUGCCAACCAACCCAACCUCAAGCUCCUGGCCAUGGCCAAACUUUGGAAGAAACAGCAACAGGAAAAAGAGGCUGCUGAGCAAGACCCAGAUAAGGACAUCGACGAGAGUGAAUCUUGAUCUUCUUGUUCACAUUGAUAAAUGUUUUUAUUAUUUUUAUAAAUUAAUAGUUUGGAACUCUUGUGACUCCUGUAAGUUUUUAUAUAUUUCACCAGUAAUGAAUUGAUUGGAAUCUUUUUGAAUUAUUUUUAAAAUGCUCUUGCGUUAGUUAAGGAUGGGGGAUUGCAAGUAAAGGAAUUUUUUUAACUGCUGGAUUUCUUUAUCUGAGUCCAAACAUUUUUUUGUCCACAUCAUGAAUUAGGAAACCUAAUUAAGGUAAUGCUUAACGUCUAUUUUAGAUGGAACUGCAGACUUUUGAAAGUCUUUCUAGAAGUUUUGAAGUUACAUUCUACAGUAACUUUUAAGGUGUAGUUUUCUCAUGCCUGUCGUCUUCAUAUUUUAUGCAUUCAUCUGAAACCUGUAACUUUUUCAUGUCUUCAGUGACUUGAGUUCUGUUCCCAGCUGUGCCACUUAGUGAUAUAGAACUUAUUAACCUUUAUUUUCAGUUUCGUCACUCAUUAAAUGAGCUAAUACUUUGCCAACUCAUUUUGAAGAUUAGAAAAGGAAUAUACCUGGUGCAUAGUAAGCACUCAAUAAAAUGUUCAUUC